GUAUUUUCUGAGAGUAGCAAGUGAUGAAUAAUUCGACACCACAGACCUUAGCGGUGCUACGAGUGCUGCUGCGACAGUUCCGUGCACUACCAGAGCUCUGGGAUGCCAAACAUAAAUAUUACGGCAAUGCAAGCCGGGUUGAAGCAGCUUACGCGAACCUUCUCAAAGUACUACAUAUCAGCGAGCCGGAAGCAGACGUUGCUGAUGUGUUCAAACGGUUACACGAAUUCAUUAAUGUAUUUGCAAAAGAAUAUAGUGAGAAUAGUCGGUCGAAAACACGCGGAACCUGUUUGUGGUACUAUGGAGAGCUUCAGUUUCUUGUGGAUGCGAAGCUAGUUGGUGCUGAUGCUACAUUUGUGGGAGACUUGCCUUGGUUACGAAAACCCCCCGGCGUAGCAUGGCCUCAGAACACGGUCAUCAUAACAGAACAAGAUUGCCAACUCGAGGGAGAUACAACUAACGGAGAUCCACUAACUCUGAAUUCGCCCACAACAAACAUGCCGGGGGUGCAGAGUUUCCGGCUUGAAGAUGACGUUCCACUGAGCAUGGAGGUGGACAUCAAAGUGGAAGAUGAUGCCCCUGUCCAAGUGGACCCACUGGAUAAUGAAACGGGCUCUCUAUCCGUCAAUCACUUUCAAAUGGAUCCUCUCGCGGGUAAUGCAACAGUGUCUUCUGGUAACGACUCACAGGAUUCCUUUCAAUCGGCUACCUCCAUCUCCAUCCCUCCGUUACAAGCGGAUCCUUUGGCCGAUUAUCAUACAGGCUCAUCGUUUGGGAAUGAACCCAAAAAAAUUAUAGUAAUCUCACGAACUUCGCCACCUCCAUUGGUCCCCCGUUCGUUUGCUCCACCGAAUCCUCCAAAAUUGGCCCCAUUGUCUACAAAUUUGCCUCCGUUGGCCUUUUUCAAGCCUACCGAAAACAAUAAGAACAUGGUUGAACCAACUCCCAAACCGCUUACAACAAAGCCAAUCCCAGUAGUCAUUGCUACCCCAAAAAAAUCGAAUCAUAGGAGCACCGUAUUUUCAACGCAUAUUGGCACGAAACUGACGGGGUUUAAUAUUCAGCAGAGAAAUGUGGUAAUAGAUAUAAUUAAGGAAAUAUUAUUAAAGGCUGAAGUGGGGUCCCUUACAAUGGACCACGUGACUGACAUUCAAGCAGUAUUGCACGACAUUUUAUCGGCGGCCCCCAGUGGACAUCCCUCUUAAAAAAGCGUGUUAAUAACAGAUUUUACAAACAGAAGCGGAGAUAUUAUGUUAAUGUAAAUAAAUGAAAAAAAAAAUCGAAGAACUUACAUUAAUAAAUUAUGAUUAAA